GCUCCCCCUGGCGGGGCCCUGCAUCCUCCGGGGUCUCCUCUAGUGACCCCUCGUGUGCUGUGCGCCCGGGUGAGGGCCUCUCCCGGUGGGGAUGGGAGCCGUGUGAAUUGGAACGUGUCAGGGGACACCGCCCUGCCCCUGUUUUUUAGCCAUCACUUCCCUCUUUCUCUUCCCGGGCGUGAACUCGAUGCCACGGGGAGUGUUCGCUUGUCUCCUGGCUGGACUUUUCCCCGGGCGCACCUCUCGCCCUUGGCUGUGAGCCAGAAUGGGUCUGAUGUCUACCACGGUAACCAGAGAAGGGCAGAAUUUGCCUCCAACCAACCAAACCAGGAACAGAUGGCAGAAUUCUGGCAGGCCCCUCAGGCGGUUAUCCUUCAGAAGGAUUUUGUAACACGCAUUUCCUUGUGUGAAGAACACAGGAGCCAUGGCCACCAAGAGUGUUCCAUCAGAAACUGUAGAGAAAGAACGAGAAGCUCUGCUCAAACUCCUCCGGCAUGACCCGGAUUCCAGCCUAGACGUGUUGGUCUCUCGAGGGCUGACUGCCCGGGAGGGCUCUGAGGCUUUGGAGGAUGUCACAGACCCCCGGAGGAAAAGUGGAGAGCUAGUCCUCCGGGUGCGGAGGGACGGGGCAGUGAACUGGCAGCCUUUUCCCCAGUGUUUAUACAGUGCGUUUCCAGGGUCAGCUGCCCAAUGCCAAUUACCAUUCUUUUUCUUUCCAGAAAGUUUAACAUGUGAUGAUAAUGCAGCUUGUCCAUCUCUGUGGGUCAGCCAGAAUCCAGAGGAUGAGGCCUUUGCCCCUGGAAAGGAGCAGCCUGGGAAUCCUGAGACCACAAGGUCUUUCCAAGAAAAGAAACUCUUAAAUUUGGAAACCUCUGGGCUUUUCAGAAACCAGAAAACUACAUGUAAGGAACCAGUCUUGCGCUCCAGGGAGAAUAAGAAAGAACACAACACAGUGAAAGUCUCAUUGCCAAAAUCAGUUGAGAAAGUUGGACAUCAGGUUCCAGCAAGGAUUACCUACUUAAGGGAUGGAGAGAGAUAUGAGGAGCCCGAUGAUUCUUUAUAUUUAGGAGAAGAGGACUAUCAGGAAAUUACUGGAAUGCCUGAAGAUGCAGAACCCGCUGUGACAGAGAGAAGUUUGGAUGACCCAGGGCACAUGGCACAUGACAGCGAGGGCGACUCUGAAGAUUCUGAAGCCGCAGAAUUUUUUGGUGGAGAGCAGAGCUGUGAAGACUCAGAAACCAGCAUUUGCUUGGAGGAGGAAGAGAAAAGUCUGGAAGAAAGAAAAAGGGUAUUUAAAGAUGUCCUGUCACAUUUGAACAUGGAUAGAAGCAGAAAACUUCUGCCAGAGUCUGUCCACCAGUUCUCCUUAGAUCGAGGAAACAGGUGGAACCCCAAGACUGCAGGAGACUUAGCUUGGGAUUUCUUGAUGAAGGUUCAAGCCCUGGAUGUGACAGCCAGAGAUUUAGUCCUCAGGCAUACGCUUGUAGAUGAAGAAAACCAAGAGGAAUCACCAACUGGAGUGCACAAGUUGGAAACGCCAGGCACCCAAGCCAUCAAUCCCCUGGAUGUCAUUUGUGCCUGCAUGCUGUGUGCAGGCAACGCUUUGCAACGUGAAAUCAUGUCAAACAUGUAUCAGUGCCAGUUUGCUCUUCCCCUGCUGUUGCCAGAUGUAGAAAACAACAGAAACAUCUUAAUGCUGGGGGCCAUGAAGGACAUUGUGAAGGGACGGUCGACACGGUCCUCAGGAAGCCCCAUGCGGGACACUGAAACAUCUCUGGCUGGCAUGAAGAUGCCUGUCAUUUCCUUUGUGCGUCUGGGACACUGUAGCUUCUCAAAGUCCAGAAUCCUCAACACACUGUUGAGCCCUGCCGAGCUGGAACCACAGAAUGUAUUUCUGCACCAGGAUUUGGCUGUUUUGGUGCUUCCCCGGCAAAUUUCUGAUGGCCUGGUAGAAAUAACGUGGUGCUUUUCGGAUAACAUCCAUUUAAUGGAAAACUCGAGUUUCUUGCAAAAGCCUGUGGCGAUAGCCAACCUUCGUGGCGAUUUAGAGAGCUUUUGGACACAGUUUAGUUUUCUGAUGGAAAUUUCCUCAGCUGUGUUUUUUUUCACUGACUGCUUGGGUGAGAAGGAAAGGAACCUGCUCAUGUUUUUAGGAGAAACAGCCAUGAAAAGGUGCUGCUACUUUGUUCUCAGUCCUCAGGCCAAGGAGACUGAAGAGGCUCAGAUUUUCCAGAGGCUCCUCAAACUGAACCCAUCACAGCUAUUGUUUUGGGAAGGAGAGGAACAUGCAGACAGGAGGGAGAACAUGAAGGGUCUUCAAGCUGCCCUCCAGGAAGUGAUGUCCUCGUCACUCAAGUGUGUGUCUGUGGAGGACAUGGCUCCCCUGGCCAGGGAGUUGGGAAUUCAUGUAGACCAGGACUUUGAGAACGAUCAAAGAAGUCAAGUUUCUUCUAAUAAGCACAUGGCUGGAAUAGCUGAAGGUGAUGGUCUGCAAAGCUUAUCUGAGACCCAAGAUAAGAUGCCUCAUAGAGAGCCUGGGGCUAGACAUGAAAUGAGUCAGAAUGGUCAGAAUUUUCACCACAUCCCAGUAUUCAUGUCUCCUGGAGGGAACUCCCAAGCCUUACUAACCAGAACUGGAGAUAACUCUAAUCAAGUUUCCUUGAAAGUCCCCAUGAUUGUGGGCUCCCGCCUUGGAUCGGAACAGAGUUCUAAAUGGUUCUAUUCUGUCUCCCUUCAGAAUACAAGGGCCCAUGCCCAACGUACAAGUUUGGGCACUCAAUGCUUCCAACCCCAAAUAUUUCAUUCAGAGGCAAGACUCAUGAACUUUUCAAGAAGGGCUCAAGGAAAUCCCUCUGAUGGAAUACUUGGGAGGCCACCCAUUCCCAUUUUGCCGUCAGUAUGGGCCCUUCCUCAGAGAACACAAACAAUGGGAGCUGGGGCAUUGGUCUCCCAGGUGGGUCACUCUAAUUCUCUGGGUUUCCAGCUGGCAGGAGCUGGCAGGAAGCCACAGCCUGGGCAAGCUUGUGCCCGAGGAACACAGCUGACUAAGGCAGCUGACACAUAUAGGAGAAUAACCUCUGAUAUUAAAGAGCCUCAUAUCUUCCAACCAGCAGGAACAAAACCUCUUCCUCAGCAAAGUGCCCAGCUAACAAUACAAAGGUGGCCUUCAAAUCCUGCUCUUUCAACAGGAUCCUAUUCUAUCACUGAGAACAAACUUUCACCCAGCUCUCAGUCCAAAUCCCAUCAGCCCAUGCCAUCCCAAGGAGUCCAGCUUUUCCAGUCUAAAUCUUCUUCACCUGUGUUGUUCCAAACUACACAGGAAAACUCCUGUCAGCCCCAGCCCUCCCAUGCUGGACCCGCUCUACCCAAAGUCACUCAGCACAAGCCACACCGGGCUCACCCCUCUCAAGAUAAACCUCCCCAGCCCAGAUUCAGACACAGUCAACCCAGCUCAUCUCAGAUUGGUUCUUCAAAGAGCAAAGCAAAGAGUCACUCAAGAGCAAGACCCAAGAGGGCUGGGAGGCAUUAAAGUGCCUUAGUCUAGGGAUUGUAUAGGCCACUCCCAGCCCAUAGCAACCACAAGAGAAGUUCCUGUCCUUGGCCUGACAUGACAAAGCAGAUGCAAGGCUCACCUGGAUAUCAUUCAUGAUAUCUGCAUAACUGUUGUAUCCACCACCAAGAGGAAAAUACAAAAGUGAUUCUGAGUAGAACUCAAUAGUAACCAAAAGAACUGAAUCCGCAGCCUUGAAAGCUGGUUAAUGUAUAACUUGAAUCCAGGGCAUGAGGACUGUGAGAUGGCUCCAUUUGAAGAAAACUGAAGUUGGGGUCUCUUGUUGAAGGGCUGCCAUAAAGAGGGCUCCGGUUGUCUCACUGUUGUGAGACAAAGUGCCUUUGAUGUUGGCUGCUCUGGAGGAGACCUGAUCAAGUAUCAGCCACUGGAAAGAUAACCUGCUUUGGGGAUGAUGACAUCAACUUGUGCUAAUAUGGAGGCAGUCUCAGUUGGCUUGGAUAAUAAAAUUCUAACAACCAGUAAAAUGAAUUAUUUUGCAUUUACUUGAAGAAUGACCCGCAUUUGUUUCAUAUGUUGAAUGUAACAGUUAAGAAAAUAUGGUUUAUUAGAAAAUGUUGUAUAU